CCCCGCUUGAAGACCGGCUCGAGCCGGUAGGCUAUAAAGAGCUGACAAAACGGUAAGGAAAUAAGGAAACGGUUGAUUUACUUAACAGAAGAAACAGAUGUGUUUUAGGCCUUGAAGAAAGAGAGGACAGAUACAGUAACCAGGGAAACAUAAUCAUCUAUGAUUCUCCUUGUGGAUCGGACAAGAGGACAUUUUUACAUCAGGCUUAAAAAGAUGUUGCUUUAGUCCUGGACAUCUAUUCGUCUGGUCGGAAGCGGAAGAGACAGAGCUGGUAGACUAACGUUAUAGGGAGAACAUAGAAAGAACAUACCGAUAAACUAGCUGCUCAUUUUGCCAUUAAAACCUGUUCAUUAUAUUCGACAGUCGACUAUUCUGUGUCGAUUAUUUUUCUGACUAGACUGAUCGUCGCUCUGUUGGUGCUCAGACCCAGCCAUGCGGGGGUUAAAGUCAGCGGUGCGGGGGUCCGGGGGGUGCAGGGGUCCAUGUGUGUACGAGGCGGUGCCAGACGGAGGCUGGGGCUGGGCGGUGGCCGUGGCCUUCUUCUUCGUUGAGGUGUUUACUUACGGGACCAUCAAGUCUCUGGGGGUGUUCCUCGAGGACCUCAUGACAGAGUUUGGGGAGAGCAACAGCAGAGUAUCCUGGGUCAUCGCAAUCUGCGUCUUCAUCCUCACAUUCACAGCCCCUCUGUCCACGGUGCUCAGUAACCGGUUUGGGUACCGUCCCGUAGUGAUGUUGGGGGGUUUUCUGAUCAGUCUGGGUACCAUCAGCUCUGCUUUCGUCUCCUCCAUCAACGAGAUGUACGUCACCAUCGGCAUCGUCUCAGGUCUGGGGUACUGCCUGACCUUCCUGCCCACCGUCACCAUCCUGUCUCAGUACUUCAACAGAAGGAGGUCCCUGGUCACCGCCUUGGCCUCCUCAGGGGAGUCCUUUGCCAUGUUUGCCUUCGCACCAGCCUUCAUGGCCUUGAAGGAGAUCAUCGGCUGGCGUCACUGCCUCAUUGUCAUCGGUCUCAUGCAGGCCUCCGUGAUUGGCUGCGGCGCUCUGCUUCGACCAAUCAUCAUCAGGCCUGACCAGGAAGUGUCAGGGGAGGUGUCCAAUAAGGAGAAGCUGUCCGUUAAGCUGCAGACGGUCUAUGAGCUGGAGAAUGAGGACACUCAGACCAACGUUAGCUCCGGGGAGUCUGAGGAGUCAGGGGAUUCCGGGGUCACCUCUCUGUCUGCCUCCAGUGCUGACCUCCGGGCCACCACAGCCACGCAGGACCCCUCUGAGACCCGGGCCCUCAAAGAGCAGGGUGAGGCGGGUCCCCUUGUCCAACCCUCCAGACCUAAACUCCUAGACUUUGCGGUGUUAAAAGAUGGAGCGUUCAUCUGCUACUCUCUGUUUGGCCUCUUCGCCACGCUGGGGUUCUUCGCCCCGUCACUUUACAUCAUAGAACUCAGUAAGAGCCGCGGCGUCCACCCAGAAAAGUCGGCCUACAUGCUCUCUGUAAUGGCGGUGUCCGAGGUCUGCGGGCGCCUGUCCAUCGGGGUCAUUUUAAACAAGGUGCGGAUGCGUAAGACCCAGGUGCUUCUGGGAUGUGUAGUUCUGCUGUGUCUGGUGCUGCUUGCCUUCACCCUGGUGACUGAGUUCUGGGGCCUGGCAGCCUGCUGCUGUCUCUAUGGCUUCCUGAUGGGCACCGUGGGUUCUACACACAUCCCCAUGCUGGCAGAGGACGACGUGGUGGGCAUAGAGAGGAUGCCCUCGUCCGUGGGGGUCUAUGUCUGUAUCCAGAGCUUUGCUGGGCUGGCCGGACCACCGCUGGGGGGCCUGUUGGUGGACAAGACCCAGAACUAUGGCUCAGCCUUCUACUCCUGUGCUGUGGGAAUGGGCCUGGGCGCCAUCUUCCUCGCCAUGGUGGGGCCUGCCAAGUCCGGCCUCUGCCUCCGCGGGAAGACGAGAAAACAGGAGGAGGAAGGAGAGGAGGAAGGAGAGGAGGAGAGAGGAGGAGAGGAGGAGGAGAAGGUUUCUCAGGACAGUGGAUCAGCAGAUUAUCUAGAUGUUGAUCUGACUGUGGAGACCAGUCCGGCUAAAUGGUCCCCAAAACAGGAGACCAACGUGGUCUGAACGCGGUCUGAACGUAGUCUGAACGUGGUCUGAACGCGGUCUGAACGUGGUCUGAACGUGGUCUGAACGCGGUCUGAACGUGGUCUGAACGUGGUCUGAACGCGGUCUGAACGUGGUCUGAACGUGGUCUGAACGCGGUCUGAACGCGGUCUGAACGCGGUCUGAACGUGGUCUGAACGCGGUCUGAACGUGGUCUGAACGUGGUCUGAACGCGGUCUGAACGCGGUCUGAACGUGGUCUGAACGCGGUCUGAACGUGGUCUGAACGUGGUCUGAACGCGGUCUGAACGUGGUCUGAACGUGGUCUGAACGUGGUCUGAACGUGGUCUGAACGCGGUCUGAACGCGGUCUGAACGCGGUCUGAACGUGGUCUGAACGCGGUCUGAACGUGGUCUGAACGUGGUCUGAACGCGGUCUGAACGUGGUUGAAUAACUAAGACAGAACCAGGUCUCCUUUGGAAAAACAAGUCUUCUGAACUCAAUGGGACGACCUGGUUAAAUAAAGGUUCAAUUAAAAAAUACAUGACAGCAUUUAGCCGACCGCUGCCAAACUGACCGACCAAGGAGAACCUCGACCGCUAGAAACUCACAGGUGGUUAGAAUGGAGAAGAAACACCCAACCAUCUAGCAAAUAAGAGAACACACACUGUCAACAUGCUACUGAGAGACUGUGCUGGACAAACACCUCUGUGGUGCAGAAUGUAUACACACACACACACACACUGUAACAUGCUACUGAGAGACUGCUGGACAAACACCUCUGUGGUGCAGAAUGUAUACACACACACACACACUGUAACAUGCUACUGAGAGACUGUGCUGGACAAACACCUCUGUGGUGCAGAAUGUAUACACACACACACACUGUAACAUGCUACUGAGAGACUGUGCUGGACAAACACCUCUGUGGUGCAGAAUGUAUACACACACACACACUGUCAACAUGCUACUGAGAGACUGUGCUGGACAAACACCUCUGUGGUGCAGAAUGUAUACACACACAAACACACACACACAGCUUUGACCUGUUUACCCUCUCAGAUGUCAUUCACACACUUGCAUUGCAGCGAACAACUGUCUAAGGGGCAUUCCUAUUGACCAAGUCUCUCUCCUCAGAGUCAACCAAACUCCAUGCAUGGCUGAGACGCAGGCUUUUAACAUGAUUACUGCUCUGUCAGAAGUUGAUAUAACCAUGAUAUGACCUCUCUGUUCAUAGUUAUAACCAUGAUAUGACCUCUCUGUUCAUAGUUAUAACCAUGAUAUGACCUCUCUGUUCAUAGUUAUAACCAUGAUAUGACCUUUCUGUUCAUAGUUAUAACCAUGACAUGACCUCUCUGUUCAUAGUUAUAACCAUGAUAUGACCUCUCUGUUCAUAGUUAUAACCAUGAUAUGACCUUUCUGUUCAUAGUUAUAACCAUGAUAUGACCUCUCUGUUCAUAGUUAUAACCAUGAUAUGACCUCUCUGUUCAUAGUUAUAACCAUGAUAUGACCUUUCUGCUCAUAGUUAUAACCAUGAUAUGACCCCUCUGUUCAUAGUUAUAACCAUGAUAUGACCUCUGUUCAUAGUUAUAACCAUGACAUGACCUCUGUUCAUAGUUAUAACCAUGAUAUGACCUCUGUUCAUAGUUAUAACCAUGAUAUGACCUCUCUGUUCAUAGUUAUAACCAUGACAUGACCUUUCUGUUCAUAGUUAUAACCAUGAUAUGACCUCUGUUCAUAGUUAUAACCAUGACAUGACCUCUCUGUUCAUAGUUAUAACCAUGACAUGACCUCACUGUUCAGUUCUAACCAUGAUGACUGUUUCUCUGUCUCAACCCCUCAGUUGAUGCCAAAGGUCUGGUAGUAACAGGCCAAGUCCUGUCUUCAUAUUGAUUACUAUUAUUAUGGUUGAAUCUGAAUGACUACUGUUAUCCAAACAUAAUACCACCACAGUAUUCUACACAGUACUGUUAUCCCAAAACAAUACUACCACAGUAUUCUACACAGUACUGUUAUCCCAAAACAAUACUACCACAGUAUUCUACACAGUACUGUUAUCCCAAAACAAUACUACCACAGUAUUCUACACAGCCUGUACACAAUGUUUUUCUCAAAAGUCUACUUCAUGUACCUAUGUAAUGUAUAAAUGUGAUAUAGAAGUACCAAAUAAGGCUAUAGGCUAUAUUAAUAUGUAUGGAUAACAGUGGGCUAUAGGUGAAACUAAGACGUAUGGAUUACAGUGUGAAUGACUAGCUGUUUCAAUUCUGUGGAUCACUACUUUACCUGUCAGUCAAUCAAACAAACAAUCAAAGCUUUUAUUUAUAUUGUGUUUAUUUAAAAAUAUAUAUAAAUGCAUUUGAAGUGCUUGCAGCAAGCCAAGGCCACAGUGACAAGACAAAACUUCCUAGGUAGGUAGUGGUGGAGAUUUGACUACAAAAGAGUUGAUUCCUCGAUCGUCGACUCCAAAACAUCCUGGAGUCUUUCACCACUAUAUAGGUAAAGACCUGGAGACAAGGAGAGGGACCGAUCUUCCUCAGACUGGCCUAAAUGCCCUACCCAACGACUCUCAGUCACUCAGACCUCUUGCACUGAGAUGCAGGGUCUUAGACCACAGGGCCACUGGGGAGUUCUAUCAUCUCUGCUGUAAUACUCACUGCUGAUCAGCUUUUUUAAUUGAUUAAAUUGAUUUGUUUAUAACAAAUGAACAUUUGAA